UUCGCCCCGGAGGCUCUCGCAGGCCAGGCUGGGUGGGGCAGUCCUGGCAAAGGUGUGUCCCUCCUGGCUUUCUGACUCACAGGCGGUAGCGAACUGCUAUCACAGACCUGAUAGAGUGAGAGAGAGAGAGAAAGAGAGAGAGAGAGAGCAAGGCUGUGGGAGUGAACUAGUUCUUUAAUUUUUUUUUUUUCUUUUGGGAGGUUUUAACGCCGACGCUAAUUCGGCACUUAUUCACUUUGAGGUCGAUAAACCUCUGGUGAGUUUUCCCACGUCAACAGGAGAAAAAUGGCGAGUGUUUUAUUCUCCAACCUCUGCCUGCUGCUGCUCCUGUCCGCAGCGGAGUCGUGUUUUCUCCCGAAAUCUCUUUACAUACCUGUGCCACAAACAGUCGAGGCCGGACAACACAUCACAAAAGUGAAUCUCGCCGACUGCGGUGACGGACCGGUGCUCUUGUCCGUGUCGGACCCGAGCUUCACAGUGUACAGUGAUGGUGAAAUAGUGGCGGUGAGGUCCGUGUCCGUGUCGGCGCGAGGGCAGACAUUUUCUGUGGAGGCUCGCGACGGCGGCGGACAGUGGCGCGAGAUGGAAGUUCACCUCAUCCGCGCUCCGGAGCAGCCACGAAAGCAGACAGGAGGACAAGGCUUACUGAAGCGCUCCAAGAGGCGGUGGAGCCCCCCAACCUUUCACAUACUGGAGGAAGAUGAUGGACCUUAUCCAAGAGACAUUCACAGGAUUGUUUCAGAUUCAGAAGCCCAAUACAAUGUUUACUACCGCUUCAGUGGACCUGGUUUCGAUAAGUAUCCGACAGACGUGUUCAGUCUUGACCGGGAAACUGCCAUGUUAAGGGUGCACAAGAAGGUUGAUCGUGAGAUGUUUCCAAAAUUCACAUUAGAGACCAGAGUUAUUGACAAGAACACAGAAAAGGAUACAGAUGUUCCCCUCUCCAUCACCAUAGAGGUAGACGACAUCAAUGACAACGCUCCGACAUUCACGAACCCGCUGCAGUUCACCGUACCAGAGAAGAGCAAAGCAGGUGAAGUGGUGGGCAAGGUGAACGCUACAGACCGAGACAAAGAAGGUACCAGACACGUCAAGAUCAGAUACACUCUGUUGGAUGGAUUAGACCUGUUCGCCAUCAACCCAGAGACAGGUGUCAUCACUACAAGAACUAACACCCUGGACAGAGAGGCAAAAGACAAGCAUCUGGCAACAGUACAAAUCAAAGACAUGGACGGUGCAGUCAAUGGUCUGGUCAACACCGGAACUGCAACCAUUACGUUGACUGAUAUCAACGACAACCCGCCGACUUUCUUAAAUACACCUUACACAGCCACUGUCACAGAAAAUGAAAUAGAUAAACUUAUCCUCCGAAUUCCCGUUGAAGAUAAGGAUCUGAUAAACACGCCGAACUGGAUUUCUAAAUUCGUCAUCACUAAAGGAAACGAGAAUGGAAAUUUCAGAAUUGACACCGACCCCAAAACUAACGAGGGGCUUCUGUAUGUCACAAAGGGCUUAGAUUAUGAGAAGAGUACAAAUGUAAAGCUUGAGAUCACGGCGCGAAACGAAGCUGACCUCAGCGGCACCAGCGCCCAGUGGCAGUCCGCCCCUGUGGACGUGACUGUCACCAAUGUCGACGAGGGUCCACAAUUCACAGCUCCUACUGUUACCUUCACCGUCAGAGAGAACGUAGCAAACGGCACGCUGAUAGGAAGUUACACAGCUGUAGACCCUGAAAGCAAGAACAGCAAAGGCAUCAGUUAUUACAAGGUCGAAGACCCAGCCUCCUGGAUCAAUGUGGACAAGAAUAGCGGGGAGCUGAGGGUUGCAAACACAAUUGACAGAGAGUCGCACUUCGUCCAGGAUGGAAAGUACAACAUCACCAUGAAGGCUGUUGAUGCCAGCUCCAAGACAGGCACAGGAACAGUGAUCAUUGUGGUGGAGGAUGUCAACGACAACAUGCCAAAGGUCCCCAGUAAGCUGGUGAUGUGUGAGAAGCCGGGAGAGCUCGGCUCUGUGAUGGUUUUGGCUGAAGACCCCGACCAGUCCCCCUAUUCUGCCCCCUUUAGCUUUAGUCUUCCAUCUGAUAAUGACGGCAAAUGGUCGGUGACACCAUUUAAUGAUACAGCAGCUAUGCUAAAGCAGGUCAAAGAGCUUCACACGGGGAUUCACGACGUCGAGCUCAUAGUUACGGAUCUGCAGGGCUAUGGUCAAAAGCAGAUAGUGCCCGUAAGGAUCUGCCAGUGCAGGAAUGGAGUCUGCUUGGCUAAGGAUCACACUGUGUCAUUAGGGGGACUGGCUUUACUGACUAUGCUGCUGCCUCUGGCCCUCCUCUUGCUGCUUGGCUUACUGCUCGCCUUUUUCUGCGUGACAAAGAGACAGAAGUUAGAGAUUGACGAUGUCGGAGACAGCGGUGGAAUCCUGCUUAAAUCAAACAUUGAGGCCCCAGGGGAUGAAGUGGAUCUCAUAGCUGUUCCCACUGCUCCGGUUGAACAAUUGACGAUGGGGUCAGUUAAGGGCGCCGCGGUGAACGCAGGAUGGCUCGGGAACAAGAGCUCCAGCACGAUUGGUGGCCACAGCGUGCAUGAGAACGGGAUGUAUACGUCCGGUGUUGUCAAAGGUGACACGCACGAGUUCUACUCGGCCCAAUACGACAGCAACCUGUACAGCGCUAACCAGUUUAAUGGAGGCCAUCUUCUUGGUAGUGGCGUGGACUUUGACAACAGAUACUUGCAGGACACAACGUUUCUUCGAACCUGGCAAACAAACGGCCGCUACCUACACCAGAAACUGUCCUUCAUGGGAACAGAAGACGAUGGGCGCUACGCAGACGAUAUAGUCCAUGCCUACGGCUUCGAGGGCGCAGGCUCCACAGCCGGCUCCGUCGGAUGCUGCAGUGACUACGCCGACAACGAUGACCUAGACUUCCUAAACACCCUCGGACCGAAAUUCAAAACCCUAGCAGAUGUUUGCACAAAGUCAUGAACAAUGGUGCUCAGGAAGAAUGGUGUUUACGUUUGACUGUACAGGAAGCGGAAUGACUGGGAUGCCCCUGAACAUGAAUGACAAAAACAGAUGCCCUGCUUUGCUUUUUUUUUUGUUAGGUUUUUUUUUUUGUCUUUACUUUUCUUGCUGCUUUUUGGUAAAAAAAGUCUUUUGCACUGAAAACUGUGUUGAUGAAAUCUGUUGUACAUACUUUGUGGUUUGAAUUGAGUGUCAUUUGCCUAUAGAUUCUUGUUUUUUUCCAUUGAUCCACCUGUCAGCUUCAUGGUGGGCUGGUUUUGCAGGUUCAUAAUGGUAGCUGUACAGAUACAUGCAGUGAAGGGCUGUGGGGUUUUCUAUCAAUUGGUAACAGACUUUGGGUAUUUUGGUUAUUAGUGAUAAACUAGUCACAGUUUUGCAUUUGUGUGGCUGAUUUCAAAAUGUUUGUUUCGUUUUGAUAUAUUUUUUAAAGAAAAAGAAAACUAAUAAAUAAAACAAUACAAUAAUAGAAGUGCCUUUUUAAAUCGGUCACAUGAAAAUACCUCCUUGCUCACAAUCACGUAUCUCUUCUAAACAGUAGUGUUGACUUUUGACUGGUUUUCCGAAUCACACAGUAAUUAUCUGCGCAAACACAUUCCAGCGCGGCUCUUGACCGCAAACUGGGCGUAGUUUCAGCCCUCGGUGUCAUCGAGGCUGUUGCGACAUUCUGACAGUAAUCCUGUGAAAGUCAGCACAAGGGCGUGAACGGGCGGAGCAGGGUGUCGUUGACACCGCCUGCAACAGUCAACAAUGAUCUGACACAAGAGAAAAGCCAAAGCAGAGCAGGAAAAUGUGCUUGAACCUGCAAAUGCAAAGGGAAACUGACAUUCUCACACGUGUAUAUAUAUAUAAGUUGUUCAAGUUGUAAUUUUGCAUGUCAUUAAAAGACUGUGGUGACCUUAAUUUAAUGGAAAAUAAAUCGUUUAAUUGAACAGGCCACUUAAUUUGACUCAACUGCAUGCACUUAAGGCUUUGCUUACAGCUGGACUCUGAUGUUACAGUAUGCUUUCUGAUAUACAUUAACAUUAACUUACAUUAACUUGUGAAAUUAAAAAGAAAAGGCCUCCUA